GGCUGGCAGGCGGCGGCAGAGGCAGGAAGUCUGUGCCGGAGAGCAGCAGAAAUUAGAGCCAGGGAGGGACCGCAGCGGCAGCAGCCAAGGCGAAAGAGGAAACUGCCGAAGAGGAAGCUCUGCCGCAGCCCGAGUCUCCCUGCGCUCCGCAUCCUCCGGCUCUGCAUCCCCGCGCCCAGCAUCCCCCUGCGCCCGCGCCGCGCCCCCGGCGCCCCUCCCCAGCGCACCCCCGGUCGCCCCACCGCGCUAGUCUGCCAUGGCCCGGGAGAACGGCGAGAGCAGCUCUUCCUGGAAAAAGCAAGCGGAAGACAUAAAGAAGAUCUUCGAGUUCAAGGAGACCCUCGGAACUGGGGCCUUUUCUGAAGUGGUUUUAGCGGAAGAAAAAGCAACUGGGAAACUCUUCGCAGUGAAGUGCAUCCCGAAGAAGGCGCUGAAGGGCAAGGAGAGCAGCAUCGAGAAUGAGAUCGCCGUUCUUAGAAAGAUUAAACAUGAAAACAUUGUUGCCCUGGAAGAUAUUUAUGAGAGCCCGAAUCACCUGUACUUGGUCAUGCAACUCGUGUCCGGUGGAGAACUCUUUGAUCGGAUAGUGGAGAAGGGAUUUUACACAGAGAAAGACGCCAGCACUCUCAUCCGCCAGGUCCUGGAUGCUGUGUACUAUCUCCACAGGAUGGGCAUCGUCCACAGGGACCUCAAGCCUGAAAAUCUCUUGUACUACAGUCAAGAUGAGGAGUCCAAAAUAAUGAUCAGUGACUUCGGUUUGUCAAAAAUGGAGGGCAAAGGAGAUGUGAUGUCCACGGCCUGUGGGACCCCAGGCUACGUUGCCCCUGAAGUUCUUGCUCAGAAACCAUACAGCAAAGCUGUUGACUGCUGGUCCAUUGGGGUGAUCGCCUAUAUCUUGCUCUGUGGCUACCCUCCUUUUUACGAUGAAAAUGACUCGAAGCUGUUUGAACAGAUCCUCAAGGCAGAAUAUGAGUUUGAUUCCCCCUACUGGGAUGACAUCUCCGACUCUGCAAAAGACUUCAUUCGGAAUCUGAUGGAGAAAGACCCAAAUAAAAGAUACACAUGUGAGCAGGCCGCUCGGCAUCCAUGGAUUGCCGGUGACACCGCCCUCAGCAAAAACAUUCAUGAAUCUGUCAGCGCCCAGAUCCGGAAGAAUUUUGCAAAGAGCAAAUGGAGACAAGCGUUCAAUGCCACAGCCGUCGUGAGACAUAUGCGAAGGCUACAGCUCGGCAGCAGCCUGGACAGUUCAAAUGCAAGUGUCUCAAGCAACCUCAGUUUGGCGAGCCAAAAAGAUUGUGCGUCUGGCACCUUCCACGCUCUGUAGUUUCCUUUCUUCUUCGUCGGGGGUCACAGGAGUCGGAGCUGAGAGGAGACCCAGGCCCACCACUGUGACGACAGGGCACACUGGAAGCAAGUGACCCGGCUCUGGAGGUGGGACCCAGGGGGCGGAGCCGGGGAAAGGGAAGCCCCAGGCCGGAGCAGCUCCAGCAUCGGAGACCCCACCCACCCUGCAUGGUGCGCCUGCAUAGGACUGGAAGACAGAAGUUUUUUUAUGGCCAUAUUUUAUACUGCAAUUCUGAUGUGUUCAUUUCUCACAAACUGUACUGACUCAAGGGGAGCUGACUUCACAGGAUUUGGUGCUGUAUAUAGGAAUCUUGCAAAGCUCUAACUGAAUGGACCUUCUUGCUCCCCUCCCCCAACUCCACCACUUCCGCUCUCAGUGUAGGAAGCCAUCUAGGGUGUAUUUUUUCAUGAAAAAAAAAAAAAGGUUUCAACUGGAUUAUUUAAAUAUUGGUAGAUGUUGUGCAUUAGGAUUUUUUUCUUUUUGAGACGUGUCUUUUUUGAUCUCUUGUCAGUUACAUGACCUCUCUCAUUCGCUCCUUUAAUGGUGGCUCUACGUUACCUUUAAGAGAUUUUUUUUCCCUCCAGGAGGAGUUAAAAGGUAUUUUUUAAAAUUCUAAGAGGAUCAAGAAUCCGUCUCCAAGGCUGAGUGCACUUUACCUGUGUUCCCUGGCCCUAGGGAGGUCACCCCACCCCUGGGCUGGGCAGGCUUCUCUCCAGGUGGCUUUUGGCAAGGAACCUGCAGAAAACCUUACCAGCAGCUUUCCCUGAGAACCCCUAACUAACCACAGAAGAGAUAACCUUGUUUCUGCCCUAAACUCCAGGCUCCACAUUACAGGUGAACUGCGCUCUAGGAACAAGAUCCUCGCAGGGCCAAGGCAUAGGAGCCUCCCUUAGAGGCGGGACUAGCCACCAUCUUGUUUUUUAAAUGAACCACACAGAUCCCUCAUUUCUCAUGGGGGAUGAUGGAUGAAACUCUGUUCUCAGCUAUGCACUUUCAAAACGACUCUCUCUGUUUUAGUUUUUUAAAUUCAUUUCUAAUGCUACCCUUCAAAUGGCCUAUAGCACACACUUUUCCCCCCUCCACAAUUUUACCCUAUUCUCUCAUGAACAUUAACCAAGGGAGGGGACAGAAAAGGCCUUGAAGAAGAAACCUUUUUGUUAGGUGAGAAGGAAAGGCACCAGGUGAGCAGGAUAUGGCCCACCUCAGAGAUGGCUGACUCAGCAAGGUCCAGCUGGUACAUAAGCCUUCCCUUACAUCAGAGGGAUCUAAAAUGAAAAGUAGCUGGGGUGGUCAGGGCAUUGUAUGCCCUGGUUUGCCAGGGACUGAAGAAUUUCCCCAGAUAUGGAACUUGAAGGCUAAAAUCAGGACUGUCCUAUGAAAACCAGUCCAUGUCAUUGACCUGUACAGUGGUUAGAUAUACAAGAAGAGCAGGCACAGAGCAUAGACCAGGGCAGACAUUCUCCAAGGAGGCUCUCAGACCUAGGCAGGUAGCUCAAAUGCCAGUUUUGCCCACGUUCCCCUUCAGCUCUCACGUCUGUUUAAAGCCUGAGCCUCAGCAGCAGUCAGCUGCAGCCAACCGAGAUGGGCUGUGAUAGUGUCCCUGAUGGCCCAGGCACAGUCCUGAGGUGGUUGUCCUCAUGCCCCUCUCAGCCCUGCUAGACAAGUAAGUCAUCCUUGUCACUUGUACACUUUCACCUCUAGCCCUCCCCAGUGCACAUGGUGCACAUACACAUACACACACACACACACACACACACACACACACACACAUAGUAUCACUAGGGAAGCAGCUCUAGUCCCCCAAAGAACCCAGUGAAAGAUACCUAAGAGCAGUUCCAAAGUCAGACAUCUGGUAUACCUGCUCCUACUUGCAUCAUAAGCUCCCAGUUUCAAAGUCAGACAUCUGGUCUACCUGUUCCCACUUGCAUUAUAAGCUCCCAAAUGCUUAGUGAGAAUCCUGCCACACAAGCCCAAAGAAGAGUAGCAGUUUGAAGCUGUCAUUUCAAAAUCUAUAUAUCUCUUGGGAAGAGUUUCUAAGAUGACAACAGACCCAGAUGGAAAGCAGAUGCCACUGAGUAUGGAGACUUACCCACCUACUCCACCCUUCAGAAAGGCAAUGAAAUAAAUAUUACAAACAGUGUUUAAGAAAGCCCAGAAAUGUUUCUAAAGAAGUUUAUAGGAUAUUUCCUACCAACAAGUAUCAUGGGAAUAUCCAAGUUCAUAUAAUAAUAAAAAAAAAAAUACAGGUGUGCUUGAUGGGCUAUAAUUAUAACACUUGGGAGGCUGAGGCAGAAGGAUCUCAGUUUCUAUGCAUUCUGAGCUAAUUAGUAAAUCCUUAUCUCAAAAAGAAAGAAAGGAGGAAGGGAUGGAGGAAGGAAGGAGGUAGGCAGGUUGGUUGCUGCAGUAUGUAAUUUUACCUGAGUUUGACCUUUCAUGUGUUAGCCCUUUAUGCUGUAUGGUACACGUAACUAUUUGCACCUACAAAGUAACAUUAUUAUUAGUGAUGAAAGGACUUCAUAUAGCUGGUAUAUGGGUACAUGAACUACAUAUAAAUAUAUAUGAACUACAAAUAAACACAGAACAGUUGAAGAGUGAACCCUGGUAGAGGUGUCUACCUUGCAAUCAACUAUGCUUGAUUCAACCUUGACACAUCGGGUCUCCAUGAGCUGGUGUAAAGAAGAUGCUCGCGAGUGCCAGCCCAGUAGAAGAUAAGGCUGAACAUGUCUUCAGGAAGCACAUACAUGAUGUCACUAACUUGGGUUAUUUCCUACUAUUUUAAGAAAGGUGAAAACAUGUACCACCCAAGUCUUCUACUCUGAGAAAGUCAGGAUGGGUGAAAGAUGAAGUUUCACUUCCAGUUGGUAUUGUUGUAGAAUAAUGUAUCAGACCAUAGAAUGGACUUAGUCUUAAGAGCUGGAAAAUGGGGUGGCAACAUCUUGGCUCUCUCACUCUUGUUAGAUUCCGCUGACAUAGUCUGAGAAUUUCAUGCACAUACCAGUAUGCUUGGCAGCAUCCUGUGGACACACAGGCCUCUCCCUCUCAGAUUAUUUUCCUAAUAUCAAGCUCUUACCAGCCCCACCCCCCACUAUAGCCUCUUCACAUUUUCGGAGCAAGUGGAUAUUUAUUUCUUUACUUGGUUAUGAAAUUUUGAAAUAUUUCCAGAAUAUUCUUUCCCUCUGCUUCCUGCCUGUCCCUCCCUCUUUUCCUGGCCUUCACCCAUACUUGAGGCAGAAAGCGCAGCUAACCCUCAUCUAAAACCAACAGGGAAUUGGAGGGGAGCACCUUCAGCUCCAAGGCCAAUAGCUUGUCAUUCCUAAUCACGGAAUCUGUAGAGUUUGGAGCUUCGUGUGGGGGUUAGGGAGGGACAAAGGCAGUUUUAAGCUGGAGGGACAGGGUCUGCCACAAAACUCUUGAGGAAAUGGGAGCUGCCCAGUGACUGAUGCAGCAACCCCAGUGUCACAGGCCUUUGUAAGAAGUCUGGCUGCUUUUUACCCCUUCCUACUGCCUCUAACCCCAAAGGGACUCUGACUCCAGAAAAAUCAGCUACCAUUCACCUCUCUGUGUGAAAGAAAAGAACUCUGGAGAAGGCAUUGAAACAAACCAAAAAGUAUGGAUUCCUGCCCUUGACCUUGAUUCUGGGUCACUUCUAAAAUGCCACCUUGAGUCUCCAGCCAUACCACUUCGACUGUGCCCAAUGUCAUCUAAGACGCCUCCUUAAGAAGACAGCCACAGCCAGGCGGUGGUGGCGCACGCCUUUAAUCCCAGCACUUGGGAGGCAGAGCCAGGCGGAUCUCUGUGAGUUCGAGGCCAGCCUGGGCUACCAAGUGAGUCCCAGGAAAGGCGCAAAGCUACACAGAGAAACCCUGUCUCGAAAAACCAAAAAAAAAAAAAAAAAAAAAAAAAAAAAGGAAGACAGCCACAUCCAUUUGCACAUUGUGGUUUUGAGAGACUUCCAAGCUUCAGAAAUCUCUGAGUGUGGUAUUUGAGGAUCAUGGCAGUUGGCUCAGUGAAUCCCAGACACUGUUUACCUUCUUAACCUUUUUGUGUCUACACCGCAAUGCCCAGCUUGGGCUGGAUAGCUUGUAGAUGGCAGAGGGAACUGGUCUUUACACCACAGGCCAAGAACAGUGUGGACACUGGAGAAGGAGCCAGCUGGUCCCCUCUUGAGAGGUUGAUCUCCCAUGGGAUGCAAAACGUGGUAUGGUCAGCACUUGGGUUUAAUGUGUUAUGAGCAUGUUUAAACAGUAGGGAAAGCCCACCCAGUGGAAAUGACUGGGAUUUUAGAGCUCUAGGUAUCCCUUUGGCCUACUCAGAGUUAUGGCCAGAACUGACAUUUCACGCUGGGGAAACCAUCCUGGUGCCAUUAUUCCAGACUGUGUGCAGGCAGGAAACCUGGGGCCAGCAGCACCUCUUCCUUGCAAGAUUUGCGCAAGGGUUGUGCUGGGUUUUCCUAGGCCAAGAGGAAGGAAGGUGAGGGCCGGUGAAGGACAGCUCCUUCCAUUUUUCAUAAAGAGAAAUCGGGUUUUCCAGGUUUGCACAAUCACUCCCAGCAAGUGAGAUAUGGGCCCCGCUUGCAUGUCCUACAGAACCAGUGUUAGGUCCCCAUCCCUUCUCUUCACAUUCCAACAACUGCCUUUCCCUUGAAGACAUUCCAGACCAAACACUGUUCAGUUUGUUUCCAAAAUUAAAAACCAAUGUAUAUAUCUGUAUGUACUCCACCUCUCUUUAAGGGGUUACCUGGUCCUAGGUUGGAGCUGCAAGCAGAAAAGGUAUUCCAAUCCUUCAAUUUUCAGAAUUGAAAGUUUUGAGGUGGUUUUUUUGUUUGUUUUUUAAGCCACGCUGGGGAAGCAGAUUUUUGAAAGGCAAACUUACUUCCUGCUACCUCUACAAAGAUUUGUGUGCAAGUGAGUUAGUUCGAAAACUUCAACCCUGGGUAGCAGGCAGGUCUAAGGAAGAGAGGAGAAGGAAAGGCCAUACCCCAUCCACCAGGUCCCUUCUUGGUGGUCUCAGUGCAUCACGGUCUGCCUGCUGCUCUGGUGUGUGCACUGGAGCCCAGCUGUGAAGUCGGCCCUGCAUGCUGGCCACAGCCUGGCCUGCCUUCUGCCAGCAGCCAAAGUCUUCACAAUCAGCAGGGAGGACUGCGCCCUGUGUCUCCUUCCCUGUGAACUCCAGUGGGAGCAGCUCAGCUUGCGGCUUUACGGGUUCCACUCUUGCAAACCCAAAGGCUGUCUGCGCAUUUGGAAGCCAAACAUUCAGUUCAGCAUGUGGCUGCCGUGGCUGGUUUCGUGGACAAAAGCAAGCUGUGGAAUGGCUUCUCUGUGUCUGUGUUUUUCUAAGCCAAAGGGAUAAACAGUUGCAUCGACCCCUUGUAUUAAAGCCGCUUCUGCAUCCUCCAUACCCGCUUUUAACCUUCUUUGUCUCUGGGGAGUUUGUUACAUAAUUACCGUGUCCUCUGAUGAUUUUCCAAACUAUGUUACUUAUAGGUGAUUUUAUUUUCCUUAUGGGUGGGAAAAAUGGAAAAGCUGAGACAUGUUUGAGGCUUUAGUCAAAGACAUCACUCAAAAGUCCCAAACACUAGUUAACUUGCUUCUCAAUUGGGAAAAAAAAAAAAAAUCUUAGUUUGAACAGACAAGGAUUCUGAGGCCCUCCUGGAUAACCCUGCACUUUGGAAAACCAAGCCCGGGGAGGGCAGAGCUGGCAGUCGGGCUACAAAAGAGACAAAGAAGGGGCUAGAACAUCAGCUCAGGUGUUUGUCCCACACUGCGGAAGCUGUGGUUCUCCUUACAAGGUACUUGGCCACUUUCAGGCAAUGUAAGGCGGUGUCCAGUAUCACAGCAGUAUCUUCAGUUUGAGAGACUGCAUGUUUCAGAGAACAUUUACCUUAGUCCCACAUUCAGGUGAGAAGACACCAAAGGUACAUUCUUUCCAGAACAUCCAUUGGAACAAUGUCUAAAUUGGCUUCUGUGGCUAUCUGUGAUGUAAUUGGCCUUCAUCAAGCUCUCUCCCGACAUGUUUUCCCAACAGCUUCCACCGUCAAACCCAGGAUCGAUCGGCCCCACUCACUAUGACCAGGCUUGCAAUUGGUUUGAUUUUUUUUCAUACAUGCUUGUCCAAAAAAAAUUUUAAAAAGUAAAAGAAGGGAAACUGUGCAUUUAUCCCAUGCAUGUAAUAAACUCUGCAAGAAGUUUAACCCCCAUAGGUUCGCGGCACUGCAAAAUUGUUCAUGGGUCUAUGUAGCAAACGAUUCUCUGCCUUGACAAUCAUGUAUACAUAUCGAUUUCUAUCAUAAUGAUAAUGAGAUUGAUGACUUCUUGUUUUCCUCCAAUAAAGAGAAUUAAUCACC